AUGACAUUGGUGGUGAUCUUCUCCAGUCCCAUCUCUUCCAUGAUCUGUGACCUGUCUCAGAGCCUGGACUUAGGAAAGCAGGAGACCUCCACAGCUCUGAACCAAAUGCAGAGAAUCUCCUCUUUCCUCUGUCAGAAGGACAGAAAGGACUUCAGAUUCCCCAGGAAGAUGGUGGAUGGCAGUCAGGUCCAGAAGGCCCAAGCCAUUUCUGUCCUCCAUGAGAUGCUCCAGCAGACCUUUGAUGUCUUCGGCACAAAGCAGUCUUCUGCUGCCUGGAACACGACCCUGCUGCAUGGGCUCCUCAGUGGACUUCAUCGGCAGCUGGAAGACCUGGGCACCUGUUUGGUGCCAGAGAUGAAAGAGGUGGAAUCUGUCCUGGGAACGGAGGACCCUACAUUGGCUAUGAAGAGGUACUUCCAGGGCAUCCAUCUCUACCUCGAAGAGAAGCAAUACAGUGAUUGUGCCUGGGAGGUUGUCAGAGUGGAAAUCAGGAGGUACCUUUUUGUUGUUAACAAGUUCACAAGAAAAGAAAUCUGA